CAGAACAUUUCGGGUUUUCUGAUAAUUAAAUGCAGGCUAAAAUGGAGUUAGCAGGAGGUGACGUUGAGAAAAUGUGCUUCAAAAAAGUUAACGAAGAAGGUGCUGGCAGUGCAGGCACUAGCAGCGAUACUAACAUUUCAGAAAUUAACACACAUAACUCGGAUGCCGACAUUGUAGUUGUUAACACUUCCGCACUUUCGAAUAUCGAUGUGUUGGAAGUAAACGUAUCUUCCAUGCAUAAUCGCCGCGUUAUGCUUUAUUCGCGAAGCGCAGGUAACAAGGGACUAGUUGUCUACGAAAUGAGCAUCUUGAAUCUGCCAUUGGACGUGACCGCCAGAGAUGUUUUCAUGCUCUUCGAACCGUAUGGGCCACUCCUAGACAUACGCCUCCUGAACCCUGGUGGCGCAAUUAUUGUGUUUGAGCGGUACAAGAACGCGGUGAUAGCUUUCGAUGAACUCGAUGGCAAGCUAUGGAAGCACCGACCAAUUAAAAUGAAACUCAAGACGACUCCUUGGUCUUCGCUGUGUGAUGUACAAAACUGA